AUGGCGUCUUUCUAUCUCUUUCUUCUGUUUUUCUCAUUUUUCCAUUCGAUUUCUUCCAAAAAUUUAAUCUUGCCACUCAAGCUUCAAUCACUUCCAUCUGGGUCCCUUCAAAACCCUCCAAACAAGCUCUCUUUCCACCAUAAUGUUUCUCUGACUGUUUCCAUCACCGUUGGAUCGCCGCCGCAGCCAGUCACCGUCGUUCUCGAUACCGGCAGCGAGCUCUCAUGGCUCCGGUGCAAGAAAACCCCGACCUCACCCUUAUGGUACAACCCACUUCGUUCCACCUCCUACACUCCGGUUCCUUGUUCCUCACCUACUUGCAGGACCCGAACCCGAGAUUUCACUCUACCGGUUUCCUGUGACCCGAAAAAGCUCUGCCACGCCAUUGUCUCCUACGCCGAUGCCACUUCAGUCGAAGGUAAUCUCGCUUUUGAAACGUUUCGGUUUACGAAUUCGGAUCUUCCCAAAGUUGUAUUCGGAUGCAUGGACUCCGGUUCAAGCUCUAAUCCAGAUGAAGAUUCGAAAACAACCGGGUUAUUAGGUAUGAACCGGGGUUCUUUAUCGUUCGUUUCACAAAUGGGUUUUCCGAAGUUCUCGUAUUGUAUAUCGAGUCGGGACUCGACCGGAGUUUUACUUUUCGGAGAUGCCAAGAUUUCUUGGCUCCAGCCGUUAAGUUACACGCCGUUAGUCAAUAUGUCAACGCCGUUACCGUAUUUCGACCGGGUUGCUUACACGGUUCAGCUUGAAGGUAUUAAAGUUGCGGGGACCGUGCUAUCGUUACCCAAAUCCGUAUAUGUACCCGAUCAUACCGGGGCGGGUCAAACCAUGGUUGAUUCGGGUACACAGUUUACUUUCCUUCUUGGACCGGUUUACACCGCUUUGAAAAACGAGUUCUUGAAACAAACCAAAACGGUUUUACGGGUUUAUGAGGAUCCGGAUUACGUUUUCCAAGGUGCAAUGGAUCUUUGUUACCGUAUUGACAGGACACGGGUCGGGUUACCCGUGUUGCCUAGUGUUACCAUGAUGUUUCGGGGCGCUCAAAUGAGUAUAUCGGGUGAGAGGUUAUUGGUUCAAGUACCCGGUUUGAUUAAAGGGAAUGAUCAAAUUCAUUGCUUUACGUUUGGGAAUUCGGACCUUCUUGGGAUUGAAGCCUAUGUGAUCGGACAUCACCAUCAACAAAACAUGUGGAUGGAAUUUGAUAUUGCAAAUUCUCGGGUCGGGUUGGCUGAGGUUAGGUGUGACUUAGCAAGUCAAAAACUUGGAAUAGGAUUUUAA